GAAUUCGUCCAAUUCGUCCCGAGUCCACACCAUUUUCUGUGGUGCGGCGCCCCUCGGGGCUCCAGCAGCUUUGAAACUCCUGGAACGAUUCAAAAAUCCAAUCAGCUUCCAAGAAGCAAAACGACUGAACUGAAAUGUCGCCCGGAGUGAUGAUGAGUCCACUGGGCAACAAGAAAUUGGGCUCUUGCGGCGCGCUGUUUUCCAGAACUCAGGCCAAGGUGAUGGACCUGGAAACUGGCGAGAGGGCCUUGGGUCCCUACGAGGACGGAGAACUUUUCGUCACUGGCCCGCAAGUUAUGAAGGGCUACUACAAAAACCAAAAAGCCACCGACGAGAUGAUCGGAGCUGACGGAUGGCUCCGCACUGGCGAGGUCGGCCACUACGACGAAGACGGUCACUUUUUCAUCGUUGACCGGCUCAAGGAGCUCAUCAAAGUGAAAGCCUUCCAGGUAGCUCCUGCUGGACUGGAAGAAAUACUUACCACACAUCCGGCUAUCAAGGAGGCAGCUGUCAUUAACCUAUUUAGACAAAUCAUAAAGACUUCAACAUGCUUACCAAGUCGUCAAAUAGGAAUGGCUAAUUGA